AUGAGCAUAUACCGUGGGGACGCGUCCGGAGGAGGUGGCAUGCUUGCUUUGGUACGCCCACAGAGCGUGCCAGCGAAGAAACCGCUGGGCGCAACGAAGGACAAGAUUUCCCACAACCACCAUCAACAUCAUCGUCGCCAGCACGUCAAGCAGCCAAGCGCUGCGAAUACACAGCGACUUAGUCUUUCACUGGAUAGCCCAAGUGGGCAUGGAGGCUCCACAACACCUGACAUGCUCCAGGUCCUGCAGCUCAGGAAUAGCGUCCACAACUCUCGCACCAGUGCGCCGACACUGGACAUAAAUGAUGAUUAUAAGGAUGAAGCCGGCGAAGAGGAUGCCUCCCGUCAGUGCCCUUCCUCCGUGCUGUUAUGGACGUCGGCAGAAUCAGCGCCGUUAGUGGCGUUGGUGUCCAAUCUCUCGUCUUCAUUGUUGCUGUCAACGACACAUGGGCGCUCAUCACGGAGCGGGGAACCAGAAGAAAUGAAGACGUCAGCACCCCUGCGCCGCAUCCCAACGCACUACCUUCUCCCAGAGACACGACGACGUGCUGCAAUUACUCUCAGCAGAUGGUGGCGCUUGCGAGGUCUGCGUGCACAGGCGCGUCUUCUUCGCGUCAUAAAGUUAAUACAACGAGUGGGACGCGGGUAUGCGGUGAAAUUGCGGCUUCGACUUCGGGCCGUGCCUCAGAGAGAACAACGACUAUCUUUCGCCCGCAGCGUGCGAUUCUGUGGGAGCAUUACUGCGUGCCUGAAUUCGUACUUUGGCAAGAGCAUCGAUAGGCUACCUGAGGACGGACAAGGUCUCUUGUGGAACAACUACGACGACGUGCUCAACCGCAGCCGAUCGGCGGUGUCGAGGUCGAUUGUGAACGCUUCCCGGUCUUUUGUGAAGCCACAUGCCUCCAUGGGGAUGGCGAGGAGGAGUGUGCGCGGCGUCCGGCUGGUCAACUUCGACUUGGGUGACGCUCCCCCCUCCGUCUCGUGCGCCUCCUUUGACAGCGCAGAGCACGCCCGGUUUGGAAGCAUCUACGAAGAGAACGACGUGGAUGGUAACGAGAAUGACGCUGACAAUGUGCAGAAACCUCCCGUAGGGAUGUCACGCCACAGUAGCGCACGCCUCCCGCCUGUGCGCCGGCUUUCACUUUUCUCCUACACAGAAGAGCUGGUGGAGGACCCGGAACCGCAAAACGAGGCGUUCUGCUGCAUCCUCAACAGCCGCGCCUCCUUCGACCCGCUUUCUAUCAAGGUGGCGCGCCUCUCGUCUUCCCUUAGUGUUGCUGACUUGGGGCCGUGGAAUCCGUACGCCGCAAGGCGAAGUACUAUUGCGCGUGUCUGCUGGUCCCCAUCCAUUCUUUAA